UAAUCAGGAUUCAGAAAAGUUUGCAGCCUGAAGCUCAUGAAACGAGCUGAGCAUCCCUAAUCAUAAAGCUGAUACUCAACAGGCAAGGCGCCGAAGAAGAGAACCACAACAAACAGGAUAAAAGGAUCCUUCGAUCGAUAGAUCAAUACAGCAUCGAUUUUCCGUCAAUUUUAUUUUGUUCGGCAGCAGCAGCAGCAGCCAUAUCUCAGCUCGACGAAUGUCUAGUGGUGGUGGUGGUGGCGGUGGCGGUGCUGGAGGACGUUUCUUUCAAAAUCCGUUCCAGGAUUAUGUAGGUGGUCCCGUGGUGAAAAAUGACGACCACAUCCGAGGAUUGAUUCAAUCCUACGUAAACCUCAUCGUGGACAAUACGAAACCGGGUAGAAAUAGCGACCAUCGGGGUGAUUUAUAUGUGGGCGAUGCUGGCAUUGCGUAUAUGUUUCUGAGACUGCACGAAAGUGGACUUUUCGGAGCGGAUGCCCUACAGUAUGCCAAGCAGUACGUAGCCAAUGCCAAGAGCAAAGCUGUUCGCUAUGCAGCUCGGGCUGAAGAACGGUGCUCGUAUCUCUGUGGAAAUGCGGGGAUUUAUGCGGUUUCGGCAGCUAUCUGUCACAAGAUGGGACAACGACAGGAGAUGGACGAGGAUCUUAGAAAUUUUGCAUCCGGCAUAACCGUGUGCAAGAAAAUUGACUUCAAUAAAAACGGAAGCGACGAAUUGCUCUUUGGAAGAGCGGGAUACUUGAGCGGUAUUUAUUGGCUGCAUCAGACCAUCGAUAAGAAAUUGUUCGCUCAUGACACGUUGAAUACUAUUUGUGGAGUUAUAAUCGAGAGUGGAAAACGCUAUUCGGCAGCGCAUCGCAGUCCAAUCCCGUUGAUGUACCAUUGCUGGGGAGACGAAUAUCUUGGAGCUGCUCACGGGGUGUCUUCCAUCAUGCACAUGCUGCUGGAGUCACCAUUCCAAGCGAAUCCGAAUUGCACGGAACUGGCUGCAGUCCGUGCCACAAUCAAUAGUUUGUUAUCCCUACAGGAUGCCGAGGGAAACUUUCCGGUAACCCUUCAGGACUAUUUACAACGAACGAGAGAUGAAACAUUGGUUCACUGGUGCCACGGUGCACCUGGAAUAGUGUAUCUUAUGGCCAAGGCUUACAUCGUUUUCAAAGACCCAAAAUAUCUACAAUCAUGUGUUCGCUGUGCGGAUCUUGUCUGGCGCAAAGGAUUGCUGCGCAAGGGCCCGGGCAUAUGCCAUGGUGUGGCCGGCAGUGGAUACGUCUUCCUUCUUCUCUACAGACUGACCGCCGACCCCAAAUACCUCUACCGUGCUAUCAAGUUCAUGGAAUAUUUAACGCAUGAAGAGUUCAUCCGAUAUGCUCGCAAUCCGGAUCGUCCGUUUAGUCUGUACGAGGGCUACGCCGGAACGGUUUGCUUCCUGUUGGACUUGCUGCGACCGGAGCGUGCUAGCUUCCCGUUCAUGGAUGUGUUCGAUACCAAAUGUUAGGAUUAGCAUUAAACGAAAAUCUUCACAUUAAACUAGUUUAGAUGUAUUUCACGGUGAAUAAAUUAAUUUAUUGAUUCCACGAUUAUGCACAAAAUA